ACUGCGUUUCUGUCGCACGAGCAGAGUUGAUAAUGCUGCUGAUCAGCGGCGCUUCGACCAGUCUUUCAAGUUGCCUCUUAGCGAUCGGACAGUUUUUGCUAAACAAUAAGUCAACAAUCUAACGAAGCCGGAAAUGCAGCCAUUGAAGCUUAGUCUUCUUCUGUCCAUAAUCUUCAUUGUGGGAUUAAAUGCGCAGAACAAUACUAGAAGUCUUGAUCAAGUCGUAGAUUUGAUCUUCUCAGGAAAUGAGACAAUCAAGCAGGAUCCACCAAAAGAGCAGAACAACAGGACACUCAAUGCCACUCUCACUGACCCUUUGAAAGAUGUCAUCCAGAACACUUCUGCACCUUCUGCACCCAAACCUUCCACAGCAAAACCCGUUCCGGUCUGCACCGGCGAAUGCGUGCCAUACUACAUGUGCGAAGAAGAUGAUGUGGUUCCUCUUGAAGAUCAGCCCGAUGGUGAUUCCGACGAGUUCGAUUGGUGUCCAAAUUAUUUGCACGUCUGCUGCAAUACCAACAAGACACAAUCCCCGAAAUCCGUCCAACGAAGACACGCAGAAGAAGUGAAGUGUGGUCAGCGCAAUCCGGAUGGUGUUGGCUUCAGCAUCACGCCUGGAGAUGACAAUGAGGCGCAGUUCGGAGAGUUUCCCUGGAUGGUGGGCUUGCUGAAAGAGGAGCAGUUUGACGACGGAAUGAACAGAAGUGUCUACCAGUGCGGUGGAAGCUUGAUCCAUCCGCAGGUCGUGAUGACGGCCGCGCAUUGUGUGAGAGGAUUGAAUGGCGGUCUGAAGAUCCGCGCUGGCGAAUGGGACACGCAGACGAAGGACGAGCUCUUGCCGCAUCAGAAUCGCGAGGUGGAGCGAAUCGUUCUCCAUCCACAGUACAGUAAGAAGUUUAAUCUCAACGACAUCGCGCUGCUCUUCCUCAAGACGCCCGUGGAUUUGGCCGAGAACGUUCAGACUGUCUGCUUGCCGCCGAAGGACGCUAACUUUGAUAAGAAGCAAUGUGUUGUGUCCAGUUGGGGCAAGAAUGUGUUCAAGCAUGAGGAGAAAUACCAGGUCAUUCUGCAGAAGAUCGAAAUGUCCGUGGUGCCACACGAUCAAUGCCAGAAGGCGCUGAGGACGACUUCUUUGGGAGAAAAUUAUCAGCUGCAGAACACCUUUAUCUGUGCCAGCGGCGAAGCUGACAGGGACACUUGCCAGGGCGACAGUGGGUCGCCUCUUGUUUGCCCCUCUGCGCCAGGAUCCACGCAAUAUUAUCAGGCUGGGAUCAUGUCCUGGGGCGUCGGUUGUGGCAACAACCAGAUUCCCGGAGUCCUAGUCAAUGUCGCGAGCUUCCGUGACUGGAUCGAUGCGCAGAUUGAUUCGCAGAGUCUUUAGAGCCUCUUGAGCUAGUUCUGUAUAGAAAUUGUUUAUAGAAAUAAAAGUGUGGCGGGAUUUUCCCAUCAAGAUCAA